AGACAAAUGAUACUUCAAAUUCAAUUUGGGGGAAGAAACUUGAAUUUGUAAACCCUAGAAGACUCCUUCAAACUCAAUCCAAUCAAUCUCGCCAUGGCGGAUAAGAAGAGGAAGCUCGAACCUCAAUCCAGCGACGCCACAGAGUCGCCGCAGAAGCAGCAGCUCCAAUCCGAAAACGGCGGCGAAGAAAUCAUCAUCACAGAGAUCCACAAAAACGAAAACGACGACGAUAGAGACGAGAAUCAACGCCCCGAUGGCGAGGACGACGACGAAGAGCCAAUCGAAGAUCUCCUGGAACCGUUCUCAAAGGAACAGCUCUCGAUUCUCCUCAAGGAAGCUGCGGAGAAGCACCCCGACGUCGCCGAUCGGAUCCGGAUCGCGGCGGACGAGGAUCCGGUUCACCGCAAGAUCUUCGUCCACGGGUUCGGAUGGGACACGAAGGCCGACGCGCUCAUCAAAGCGUUUAAGCAGUACGGAGAGAUCGAGGACUGCAAAUGCGUCGUCGACAAGGUCACGGGACAGUCCAAGGGAUACGGAUUCAUCCUCUUCAAGUCGCGUUCCGGCGCUCGCAACGCUCUCAAGCAGCCUCAGAAGAAGAUCGGGACUCGUAUGGCUGCGUGUCAGUUAGCUUCCAUGGGACCUGUUCAGGGAGGGAACUCUGUGGCGGCGGCGGGGGCGACGUCUCAGCAUUUUAACCCUGAGCACGUGCAGAGGAAGAUCUAUGUUAGUAAUGUUAGUGCGGAUAUUGAUCCGGAGAGGUUGUUGGAGUUUUUCUCGAGGUUUGGGGAGGUUGAGGAAGGUCCGUUGGGGCUUGAUAAAGCUACUGGGAGGCCUAAAGGUUUCACUUUGUUUGUUUAUAAGACUGCGGAGAGUGCUAAGAAGGCGUUGGAGGAGCCGCAUAAGAGCUUUGAAGGCCAUGUGCUGCAUUGCCAUAAGGCUAACGAUGGGCCUAAGCCUGUUAAGCAGCAGCAUCAGCAGCAGCGUCGCCAUAACUCUUAUGAUCAAGGUUCGCGUUACCGAAGGGAUGAUAACGCUGGUUACGGUGCAAGUGGAGGUCAUGGGCAUUUCUUAGGUGGUAAUGGUAAUAACCAGGGGUUGAACCCAGCUAUUGGUCAGGCGAUUACAGCUUUGUUGGCGUCUCAAGGUGCUGGAGUGGGUAUGAACCAAGCAUUUGGGCAGGCUUUGUUGGGGACUUUGGGGGCGCCUAGCCCAGGAACUGGAGGUGGAAUGCCAAGUGGCUAUGGUGGUCAAGCGAAUAUCACACCAGGGGUGUUUCCUGGGUACGGUUACGAAGCUAGUUUUCAGGGAGGUUAUCAGACUCAGCUUCCUGGUCCUGGCGGUUAUCAGACUCAGCAACCUGGUCAGGGCGGUGCUGGAAGAGGGCAGCAUGGUUUAGGGUAUGGUGGUCAGUACAUGGGUCAAUAGAUGUAACCUCUCAGGUAUUUUUUUGACUGAAGGCUGAACGGUUCAUCAUAGAAUGUCCUACAAAAUCUGACAGGUUAAACUUUUACCAAUCCCAAUUCGCUGAACAGAAAAAAAUGGUGAAGCAAAAGCGUUUUCUUGUCUAGCUCUCUAUGUUUAAAGCUUGAACAAGUCUUGCUGUGCAUCCUUCAAGCUUUGGGAUUGUUAUAAAAUUAGCGUUUAUUUGAUGUCCUUAGCUUUUCUCUUUGCUUGAAAAGCAUAUAUCUUGAAUCGGUGCCAAAGAGUAUGAAAGUAGGAAUAUGCAGCCUCUUACUAUUAUUCUGUUGCAUUAUAUGAGCUCUGGAAUGUCUUUUCAAUUUAAAGAUGAGUAUAGCUAUUGUUUAAUAGUGAACAUGCAUUCGAAAUGUGUCUUUUCUUUGCUCCGAAA